AUGCCGGGCACUGGGUAUCCUGUGGACUGGGAUGGAGUCUGGCAGACUCAGGCCAGCGGCGUCUCUAUAGAAACUUUGGUGCGCUCGAGCGCCCCGAAACACCCAACGGGGCUGGGCGCUGGCGCAUUGAUAGAAGACAUCCUGGAGAACAGAAUAAACAGUACACAGGUCGUCCUGGCCGCCAUACUUGAUCUCCUCACGUCCCAGUGCGAUCGCCACCCCCAGAACGUCUUUGUCAACGAGGAUGGCGACGUCACCCUGAUCGACAACGACCAGGUGUUCGGGCACUGCUGGAAGCCCGACAAUUUGGAUUCGAUGUUCAUUCCCACCACCGAGAAGCACUCCCUCGAGGCCGUCGGCUUCCCAUACAUGAGGACCCUGGACCCGGAACAAAUCAGACAGAAGCCGUCAGUCAUGAUGCUGCUGGACUACCGGUGCCACGCGGACGGCGGCGUAAUUGGAACGGACUACCCGCCAAGCGUUACCGCUUGCAUGAAGAGGAUCCGGGACAUGUCCGCCGAAGGCAUUACGAACAGGUACAACAUGCCCAGCGAAGAGAUGUCGGUGGCGGUGAAAGGCCGCGCGACCGCCAUGCUCGAGAAAGGGUUUGAGUGGGCCGUGCUGAAUUCAGAGCCCAAGAGGGACCCGAAGUUCGUUUUCCCGUGGCAGCGCCCGUGCUGCAACAUGACGAGGGCUGGGGGCGAGGCGUCCAAGGACUUCAGCUGCGCAACGGGCUGGGCUCCGGAAGUCAUUCCCCAGGACAAAUCGGUGAUUGUUGUUCCGAAUGGGGUCCAAGAAGAGGGCUGGUAG